UGUGGGUCAGGGUUUGCGUCAAGAGCCAGCUCCAGUGCUGGUGCCUUCAGACGUUGCGAUCCGGGUCUAAGGAGGUGGCGGUCGAUGUACCAUCUGGAGCCUGAGAGUCCUACAAGGUCCCUCUCAUCAUUUGGAGCAGAAAUGUGGACUGGUCGAGGAGAAAGGAGCUUCAGACAAGCAGAAGUUUUUCCGUGGCUCCAUGAUGCUCAUGAGCGGCUGAACACUAAGCUGGACCGGCUCGGGACCAGAGAAGUUACUCUGGGCCACAACAAAACGAUGGCUCAGAUGCUCAACCUGGAACAGAAGCUGCUGUCUAAAACGAUGGAUGCUUUCAGUCAGGAUGAAUUGUUUGAGCGAAGUCAACAGUGCCGAGAUCUCCAAGAAAAAGUCCGGAAGCUGGAAAAUGAGUUGCUGCACCUGAGGUCUUCUCUGGUGAAUGUAAGCGAGGAUCAGCUGACGUCUCGUCUGGCAGCUUCACACAGCAAACCAAAGACUCCAGUGGACAUAAAGAAACAGGAGAAGAAGGAACUGACAGAGGUGGACAAGCUGAGGGAGGCUCUGAGAGAAGCUGAGGCGAGAGUUGCAACUCUCCAAGAAGAACGAAACAAAGCACUCCAGGAUCUCCAGACUUCUGCUGAGACACAGAAGAUGGUGAUUAAUCAAAUGGAGGAGAUGGAAAAGAGAGUCAGUGACGUCAAACCGGGUUGCUCUGAGGUGCAAAGCCAUCUUAGAGAAGAAAACAGCAAAAUCUCUUUUCAGGAUAAAGAAAACCCAGAGCAGCAGCUUAACAGAACCACAACAGAACCACACGGCUCUGAGAUGCACAACAUCGUCUCUAAUCCAAAGAAGGAGAACUUAGAGGUAAAUAAACAAUUGAGACAAGAACUGGAAGUGAUGAAGAAACAUCUGGCUGAGUCACAACGUCAGCUGCAGGAGCUAAACGAGGAGAGAAACAUAAACUUAAGACAGAUCACAGAUCGGAUCAGAGAAAAGGAGAAUCUCCUGACUGAAAGAAACUCAGGAGGACAUGAUGCAUUAAACGGAUCAACGGGAAACAUCAACCAGCGCAGGACAUCUCCAGACGAUUUGGACCUGGAAAAUCAGAAACUGCAGAAUCAGUGUGUCUGUUUGGAAGGAAAGCUCAAAGAGAAGGAAAAAAUGCUGCAAAUGCAUGAGAAAACGUAUCAAAAAAAGGAUGAAAUGAGACUCCUGUGCAUCAAAGAACUAGAAGAUCUGGCCUCAUACUGGACAGAAAAAUGGCAAAAUGUUGCUUUGAACCUUCAGUCCACACAAGACGAGUUAGAAGAACUCAAGAGAAACUGCACCAUUGAUACAAGAGAAUCUGAGUCUUUGCUGAGGUCUGAACAGGAAACAGGUAGUGAUUUGGUGCAGACUCUUCACAAAGACACACAGACGGACCUUUCAGAAUCCUCUUUAACACUAGACUCCACAUGCAGCAGAAAUAAAUCUCCCCAGCUGUGGACGCAAAGCGGCGAGGUUCAGAGGCUGAAGCAAAAACUUUCAGAAACAGAAAGGGAAGUGAGUGAGAGAGAGCAUGAUUUGAGGACUAUGGAACGGCUGAGAGAGAUGGAACGAGCUGAGGCUCAAAUUAGGAUUUCUGCUCUUGAACUCAAGCUCAUGAAAAAGGCGUCUGAAGUUUGUCAAAACUGUGGAGGAGUUCAGGCGGAUAUGUCAAACCCUGCCUCAAUGCACGAGCAGCAAGACGAGUGGAGGGAAAAGUCGGAUGAGACGCAGCAGCUGAAUCCUCCAGCCCUCCACAAACAUACCAACCAGAGGCAGAAGGUUUCCCACAGUGGGGGUAAAAAUGAGACUUUAUGGAUUGAAGACAAGAAGAAUAAAACCAUCUGCAUUGUUGACCAAGAGGUGGAGCAGCAGAGACGAAAGGUCACUGAGCAGUUAAAGAGGUUGUUUAAGGAGCGAGAAGGAAAGGAGGCAGGAAGAUUAGCUGAUACACAAUCAGUCGCUCAAAGUGGAUCCUCCUCAACUCAGGACUGGACUCCCACAUCUCUGGUUGUUAGGGCUGCAGCAGACAGGAGAAGUUGGCAGCCUGGCUCGGCUUUGAUGCCGGUGUUGGAGGAGGAUGAGGAGAACGGUGACUGGUCAGGAGUGGAUGAAGGGGAUGUAAAACAGGAAGCCCACACUGAGGUAAAACCUUCAGACUGCAGGUUUAAAAACAUAGAUUUAAGUCCAACUUUCCCUCAACCAUAAAAAUACGCAAUAGUUUUCUGUCUGCUGAAAUGUGUGAGUAAUCAUGGUCCACACAUAAUCUCAUCCAAUAAAGAGAGCGUCCCAUUUCAUUA